AUGGCGGGGGGUCGGAGGGGACUUGUGGCCCCUCAAAAUACUUUUUUGGAGAAUAUAGUCCGACGGUCCAACGACACUAACUUUGUCCUGGGAAACGCUCAGAUCGUGGACUGGCCCAUCGUCUACAGCAACGAUGGCUUCUGCAAACUGUCAGGCUACCACCGGGCAGAGGUCAUGCAGAAGAGCAGCACCUGCAGCUUCAUGUACGGAGAGCUCACGGACAAGGACACCACGGAGAAAGUACGGCUGACGUUCGAAAAUUAUGAAAUGAACUCCUUUGAAAUACUCAUGUACAAGAAGAACAGGACGCCUGUGUGGUUCUUUGUGAAGAUAGCACCCAUACGAAACGAACAAGAGAAAGUGGUUCUGUUCCUCUGCACUUUCAGCGAUAUUACAGCCUUCAAACAGCCUAUUGAGGACGAUUCUUCUAAAGGUUGGGGGAAGUUUGCCCGCCUCACCCGUGCCCUCACCAGCAGCAGAGGCGUGCUCCAGCAGCUCCAGCCCACUGUUCACAAGGGGGAGAAUGUCCACAAGCACUCACGCUUAGCUGAGGUCCUCCAGCUGGGCUCCGAUAUCCUACCUCAGUACAAGCAAGAGACCCCCAAGACCCCUCCCCACAUAAUCCUGCACUACUGUCUAUUCAAAACUACAUGGGACUGGGUGAUCCUCAUUUUAACUUUCUAUACGGCCAUUAUGGUGCCCUACAAUGUGUCAUUCAAGACCAAACAGAACAACGUAACAUGGCUGGUGGUGGACAGUAUAGUGGAUGUGAUUUUCCUGGUGGAUAUAGUGCUGAAUUUCCAUACAACAUUUGUAGGACCAGCAGGGGAGGUGAUAUCAGACCCCAAGCUUAUUCGCAUGAACUAUCUGAAGACGUGGUUUGUGAUAGACCUGCUCUCCUGUCUGCCCUAUGACGUCAUCAAUGCUUUUGAGAACGUAGACGAGGGCAUCAGCAGCCUGUUCAGCUCGCUCAAAGUGGUCCGACUUCUGCGUUUGGGCCGGGUCGCUCGUAAGCUGGACCAUUAUAUCGAAUAUGGAGCUGCAGUGCUGGUUCUGCUCGUGUGUGUCUUUGGACUUGCCGCGCACUGGCUCGCAUGUAUUUGGUACAGCAUUGGCGACUAUGAAGUAAUUGAUGAGGAGACUAACAUUGUUCGAAUGGACAGCUGGCUGUAUAUUCUGGCAGAGACACUGGGCACGCCGUACCGCUUCAACACCAGCGGAUCAGGCAAGUGGGAGGGCGGCCCCAACAAGGACUCGGUGUACAUCACGUCUCUGUACUUCACCAUGACCAGUCUUACCAGCAUCGGAUUUGGAAACAUUGCUCCGACCACAGAUGGGGAGAAGAUCUUCGCCGUGGCCAUGAUGAUGAUCGGAUCUCUUCUGUAUGCCACCAUUUUUGGUAACGUGACCACCAUCUUCCAGCAGAUGUACGCCAACACCAACAGGUACCAUGAGAUGCUCAACAGUGUCAGGGACUUCCUUAAACUGUACCAGGUGCCCAAAGGCCUGAGUGAGCGUGUCAUGGACUACAUCGCCUCCACGUGGUCCAUGUCCCGUGGCAUUGACACAGAAAAGGUGUUACAGAUUUGUCCUAAAGACAUGAGAGCGGACAUCUGCGUGCACCUGAAUCGAAAAGUAUUCAAGGAGCACCCAGCUUUUAGACUGGCAAGUGAUGGCUGCCUGCGCGCGCUCGCUAUGGAGUUCCAAACCAUCCACUGUGCCCCUGGGGAUCUGAUCUACCACGCCGGCGAGAGCGUAGACAGCCUCUGCUUUGUGGUGUCGGGGUCACUAGAGGUCAUCCAGGAUGACGAGGUGGUGGCCAUCUUAGGUAAAGGAGACGUGUUUGGGGAUGUUUUCUGGAAGGAGGUGACGCUAGCUCAGUCAUGCGCUAAUGUCCGUGCAUUAACCUACUGUGACCUCCAUGUUAUCAAACGCGACGCUCUGCAGAAGGUGCUGGAGUUCUACACGGCCUUCGCCAACCACUUCUCCAGGAAUCUGCUGCUGACAUACAAUCUCCGAAAAAGGAUUGUCUUCAGAAAAAUCAGCGACGUCAAGCGAGAAGAGGAGGAACGUCAGAAGCGUAAGAACGAAGCUCCUCUGAACCUCCCCCCGGACCACCCUGUUCGUAAACUCUUCCAGCGCUUCCGUCAGCAGAAAGAGGCCAGACUUCACAUCGACAAAUCUGACCUCGAUGAACACGACCUGGAGAAAGGCCAGAUGUACGUGGACACGCCCCCUCCAAAACCCACCAUCGCCACCACCAGCAUCGUCACGGUUACGGAAAGCCCAGCGACGCCCUCCUCCUCCACGCCACAGUCAGGAACCCCCACCAACUGUAACGCCAAUGAAAAAUCCACACUCCAAGUCCCGCCUCCUGUACCUUUUAUCGCUUGCCGUACCACCGAACCUCCAAAGGUCAAAGGUUGGGGUCGCUUUAAGGAAUCUAUGGCCAAAGCGGAUAACUGGAAUAAAGUAUCCAAAGCAGAAUCUAUGGAGACUUUACCAGAUCGGACCAAGGCACAUGACUCAACCCAAGUGACGUUGAAAAAGACGGAUUCUUGCGACAGCGGUAUCACCAAAAGCGACUUGCGGUUGGACAAAGCAGGCGAUUUAAGGUUGACCCCUCAGGACCGUAGCCCUGUCCAACCAGAUAACAGACAUGCAUUUUACCCCAUCCCUGAACAGACUCUACAAGCAUCACUACAGGAGCUAAAACUAGAACUAAAAGACGAUAUCAAAAACCUUUCCGCACGAAUGUCUGGACUAGAGGCACAACUCCUGGAAGCACUCCAACUACUGAAAGAAAGGAAAUCCAGCACGGGCUCACCGCAGCCUCUUUUUGAUAUUUCUAGACCCGCAUCACCAGAACUGGAAAAGGAAGAUAUCUUUUCGUGA